AUGAAAAAUAUCGAUAAGUAUCGAAAAGAUAUCGAUAAGUAUCGAAAAGAUAUCGAUAAGUAUCGAAAAGAUAUAGAUAAGUUUCGAAAAGAUAUCGAAAAGUAUCGAAAAGACAUCGAAAAGUAUCGAAAAGAUAUCGAAAAGUAUCGAAAAGUUAUCGAAAAGUAUCGAAAAGAUAUCGAAAAGUAUCGAAAAGAUAUCGAAAAGUAUCGAAAAGAUAUCGAAAAGUAUCGAAAAGAUAUCGAAAAGUAUCUAUAUAUAUCGAAAAUAUCGAUAUAUAAGUACCGAAAAGAUAUCGAAAAGUACCGAAAAGAUAUCGAAAAGUACCGAAAAGAUAUCGAAAAGUAUCGAAAAGAUAUCGAAAAGUAUCGAAAAGAUAUCGAAAAGUAUCGAAAAGAUAUCAAAAAGUAUCGAUAUAUCGAUAAGUAUCGAAAAGAUAUCGAAAAAAAAGAUAUCGAAAAGUACCGAAAAGAUAUCGAUAAGUACCGGAAUGAUAUCGAAAAGUACCGAAAAGAUAUCGAAAAGUACCGAAAAGAUAUCGAAAAGUACCGAAAAGAUAUCGAAAAGUACCGAAAAGAUAUCGAAAAGUACCGAAAAGAUUUCGAAAAGUACCGAAAAGAUAUCGAAAAGUACCGAAAAGAUAUCGAAAAGUACCGAAAAGAUAUCGAAAAUUACCGAAAAGAUAUCGAAAAGUACCGAAAAGAUAUCGAAAAGUACCGAAAAGAUAUCGAAAAGUACCGAAAAGAUAUCGACAAGUACCGAAAAGAUAUCGACAAGUACCGAAAAGAUAUCGACAAGUACCGAAAAGAUAUCGAAAAGUACCGAAAAGAUAUCGAAAAGUAUCGAAAAGAUAUCGAAAAGUAUCGCAAAGAUAUCGAAAAGUAUCGAAAAGAUAUCGAAAAGUAUCGAUAUAUCGAUAAGUAUCGAUAUAUCGAAAAUAUCGAAAAGAUAUCGAAAAGAUCGAAAAGUAUCGAGAAGAUAUCGCAAAGUAUCGAUAUAUCGAUAAGUAUCGAUAUAUCGAAAAGUAUCGAUAUAUCGAUAAGUAUCGAUAUAUCCGAUAUAUCGAUAAUAUCGAUAUAUAAUGAAAAGUAUCGAAAAGAUAUCGAAAAGUAUCGAAAAGAUAUCGAAAUGUAUCGAAAAGAUAUCGAAAAGUAUCGAAAAGUAUCGAAAAGAUAUCGAAAAGUAUCGAAAAGAUCGAAGAAAAGAUAUCGAAAAAAUCGAUAUAUCGUAAAGUAUCGAUAUAUCGAAAAGUACCGAUAUAUCGAAAAGUACCGAAAAGAUAUCGAAAAGUAUCGAAAAGAUAUCGAAAAGUACCGAAAAGAUAUCGAAAAGUACCGAAAAGAUAUCCAAAAGUACCGAAAAGAUAUCGAAAAGUACCGAAAAGAUAUCGAAAAGUACCGAAAAGAUAUCGAAAAGUACCGAAAAAUUUUCGAAAAGUAUCGAAAAGAUAUCGAUAAGUAUCGAAAAGAUAUCGAUAAGUAUUUAUAUAUAAUGAAAAUAUCGAUAUAUAAUGAAAAGUAUCGAAAAGAUAUCGAUAAGUAUCGAAAAGAUAUCGAUAAGUAUCGAAAAGAUAUCGAUAAGUAUCGAAAAGAUAUCGAUAAGUAUCGAAAUUUUAUAGAUAAGUAUCGAAAAGAUAUCGAAAAGUAUCGAAAAGAUAUCGAAAAGUAUCGAAAAGACAUCGAAAAGUAUCGAAAAGAUAUCGAAAAGAUAUCGAAAAGUAUCGAAAAGAUAUCUAAAAGUAUCGAAAAGAUAUCGAAAAGUACCGAAAAAAUAUCGAAAAGUAUCGAUAUAUCGAAAAUAUCGAUAUAUAAUGAAAAGUAUCGAAAAGAUAUCGAAAAGUAUCGAAAAGAUAUCAAAAAGUAUCGAAAAGAUAUCGAAAAGUAUCGAAAAGAUAUCGAUAAGUAUCGAUAUAUCGAUAAGUAUCGACAUAUCGAUAAUACCGAUAUAUCGAAAAGUACCGAAAAGAUAUCGAAAAGUAUCGAAAAGAUAUCGAAAAGUAUCGAAAAGAUAUCGAAAAGUAGCGAAAUAAUAUCGAAAAGUAUCGAAAAGAUAUCGAAAAGUAUCGAAAAGAUAUCGAAAAAUAUCGAUAAGUAUCGAAAAGAUAUCGAUAAGUAUCGAAAAGAUAUCGAUAAGUAUCGGAAAGAUAUCGAUAAGUAUCGAAAAGAUAUAGAUAAGUUUCGAAAAGAUAUCGAAAAGUAUCGAAAAGACAUCGAAAAGUAUCGAAAAGUUAUCGAAAAGUAUCGAAAAGAUAUCGAAAAGUAUCGAAAAGUUAUCGAAAAGUAUCGAAAAGAUAUCGAAAAGUAUCGAAAAGAUAUCGAAAAGUAUCGAAAAGAUAUCGAAAAGUAUCGAAAAGAUAUUGAAAAGUAUCGAAAAGAUAUCGAAAAGUAUCUAUAUAUAUCGAAAAUAUCGAUAUAUAAGUACCGAAAAGAUAUCGAAAAGUACCGAAAAGAUAUCGAAAAGUACCGAAAAGAUAUCGAAAAGUAUCGAAAAGAUAUCGAAAAGCAUCGAAAAGUUAUCGAAAAGUAUCGAAAAGAUAUCAAAAAGUAUCGAUAUAUCGAUAAGUAUCGAAAAGAUAUCGAAAAGUAUCGAUAUAUCGAUAAUAUCGAUAUAUCGAUAAGUAUUGAUAUAUCCGAUAUAUCGAUAAGUAUCGAUAUAUCGAAAAAUAUCGAAAAGUACCGAAAAGAUAUCCAAAAGUACGGAAAAGGUAUCGAAAAGUACCGAAAAGGUAUCGAAAAGUACCGAAAAUAUAUCGAAAAGUAUCGAAAAGAUAUCGAAAAGUAUCGAAAAAAUAUCGAAAAGUAUCGAAAAGAUAUUGAAAAGUAUCGAAAAGAUAUCGAAAAGUAUCUAUAUAUAAUGAAAAUAUCGAUAUAUAAUGAAAAGUAUCGAAAAGAUAUCGAUAAGUAUCGAAAAGAUAUCGAUAAGUAUCGAAAAGAUAUCGAUAAGUAUCGAAAAGAUAUCGAUAAGUAUCGAAAAGAUAUAGAUAAGUAUCGAAAAGGUAUCGAUAAGUAUCGAAAAGAUAUCGAAAAGUAUCGAAAAGAUAUCGAAAAGUAUCGAAAAGACAUCGAAAAGUAUCGAAAAGAUAUCGAAAAGAUAUCGAAAAGUAUCGAAAAGAUAUCGAAAAGUAUCGAAAAGAUAUCGAAAAGUAUCUAUAUAUAUCGAAAAUACCGAAAAGAUAUCGAAAAGUACCGAAAAGAUAUCGAAAAGUACCGAAAAGAUAUCGAAAAGUACCGAAAAGAUAUCAAAAAGUACCGAAAAGAUAUCGAAAAGUACCGAAAAGAUAUCGAAAAGUACCGAAAAGAUUUCGAAAAGUACCGAAAAGAUAUCGAAAAGUACCGAAAAGAUAUCGAAAAGUACCGAAAAUAUAUCGAAAAGUACCGAAAAGAUAUCGAAAAGUACCGAAAAGAUAUCGAAAAGUACCGAAAAGAUAUCGAAAAGUACCGAAAAGAUAUCGACAAGUACCGAAAAGAUAUCGAAAAGUACCGAAAAGAUAUCGAAAAUAUCGAUAUAUCGAAAAGUACCGAUAUAUCGAUAAGUACCAAUAUAUCGAAAAGUACCGAAAAGAUAUCGAAAAGUAUCGAAAAGAUAUCGAAAAGUAGCGAUAUAAUAUCGAAAAGUAUCGAAAAGAUAUCGAAAAGUAUCGAAAAGAUAUCGAAAAAUAUCGAUAAGUAUCGAAAAGAUAUCGAUAAGUAUCGAAAAGAUAUCGAUAAGUAUCGAAAAGAUAUAGAUAAGUUUCGAAAACAUAUCGAAAAGUAUCGAAAAGACAUCGAAAAGUAUCGAAAAGUUAUCGAAAAGUAUCGAAAAGAUAUCGAAAAGUAUCGAAAAGUUAUCGAAAAGUAUCGAAAAGAUAUCGAAAAGUAUCGAAAAGAUAUCGAAAAGUAUCGAAAAGAUAUCGAAAAGUAUCGAAAAGAUAUCGAAAAGUAUCUAUAUAUAUCGAAAAUAUCGAUAUAUAAGUACCGAAAAGAUAUCGAAAAGUACCGAAAAGAUAUCGAAAAGUACCGAAAAGAUAUCGAAAAGUAUCGAAAAGAUAUCGAAAAGUAUCGAAAAGAUAUCGAAAAGUAUCGAAAAGAUAUCAAAAAGUAUCGAUAUAUCGAUAAGUAUCGAAAAGAUAUCGAAAAGUAUCGAUAUAUCGAUAAAAAAGAUAUCGAAAAGUACCGAAAAGAUAUCGAUAAGUACCGGAAUGAUAUCGAAAAGUACCGAAAAGAUAUCGAAAAGUACCGAAAAGAUAUCGAAAAGUACCGAAAAGAUAUCGAAAAGUACCGAAAAGAUAUCGAAAAGUACCGAAAAGAUUUCGAAAAGUACCGAAAAGAUAUCGAAAAGUACCGAAAAGAUAUCGAAAAGUACCGAAAAGAUAUCGAAAAUUACCGAAAAGAUAUCGAAAAGUACCGAAAAGAUAUCGAAAAGUACCGAAAAGAUAUCGAAAAGUACCGAAAAGAUAUCGACAAGUACCGAAAAGAUAUCGACAAGUACCGAAAAGAUAUCGAAAAGUACCGAAAAGAUAUCGAAAAGUAUCGAAAAGAUAUCGAAAAGUAUCGCAAAGAUAUCGAAAAGUAUCGAAAAGAUAUCGAAAAGUAUCGAUAUAUCGAUAAGUAUCGAUAUAUCGAAAAAUAUCGAAAAGUGCCGAAAAGAUAUCCAAAAGUACCGAAAAGAUAUCCAAAAGUACCGAAAAGAUAUCGAAAAGUACCGAAAAGAUAUCGAAAAGUACCGAAAAGAUAUCGAAAAGUACCGAAAAGAUAUCGAAAAGUAUCGAAAAGAUAUCGAAAAGUAUCGAAAAGAUAUCGAAAAGUAUCGAAAAGAUAUCGAAAAUAUCGAAAAGAUAUAGAUAAGUAUCGAAAAGAUAUCGAUAAGUAUCGAAAAGAUAUCGAAAAGUAUCGAAAAGACAUCGAAAAGUAUCGAAAAGAUAUCGAAAAGAUAUCGAAAAGUAUCGAAAAGAUAUCGAAAAGUAUCUAUAUAUAUCGAAAAGUAUCUAUAUAUAUCGAAAAGUAUCUAUAUAUAUCGAAAAUAUCGAUAUAUAAGUACCGAAAAGAUAUCGAAAAGUACCGAAAAGAUAUCGAAAAGUACCGAAAAGAUAUCGAAAAGUACCGGAAAGAUAUCGAAAAGUACCGAAAAGAUAUCGAAAAGUACCGAAAAGAUAUCGAAAAGUACCGAAAAGAUAUCGAAAAGUACCGAAAAGAUUUCGAAAAGUACCGAAAAGAUUUCGAAAAGUACCGAAAAGAUAUCGAAAAGUACCGAAAAGAUAUCGAAAAGUACCGAAAAGAUAUCGACAAGUACCGAAAAGAUAUCGACAAGUACCGAAAAGAUAUCGAUAAGUACCGAAAAGAUAUCGACAAGUACCGAAAAGAUAUCGAUAAGUACCGAAAAGAUAUCGACAAGUACCGAAAAGAUAUCGAAAAGUAUCGAAAAGAUAUCGAAAAGUAUCGAAAAGAUAUCGAAAAGUAUCGUAAAGAUAUCGAAAAGUAUCGAACAGAUAUCGAAAAGUAUCGAUUACAGAAAAGGUAUCGAAAAGUAGCGAAAAGAUAUCGAAAAGUACCGGAAAGAUAUCGAAAAGUAUCGAAAAGAUAUCGAAAAGUACCGAAAAGAUAUCGAAAAGUACCGAAAAGAUAUCCAAAAGUACCGAAAAGAUAUCGAAAAGUACCGAAAAGAUAUCGAAAAGUACCGAAAAGAUAUCGAAAAGUACCGAAAAGAUAUCGAAAAGUAUCGAAAAGAUAUCGAAAAGUAUCGAAAAGAUAUCGAAAAAAUCGAUAUAUCGUAAAGUAUCGAUAUAUCGAAAAGUACCGAUAUAUCGAAAAGUACCGAAAAGAUAUCGAAAAGUAUCGAAAAGAUAUCGAAAAGUACCGAAAAGAUAUCGAAAAGUACCGAAAAGAUAUCCAAAAGUACCGAAAAGAUAUCGAAAAGUACCGAAAAGAUAUCGAAAAGUACCGAAAAGAUAUCGAAAAGUACCGAAAAAUUUUCGAAAAGUAUCGAAAAGAUAUCGAUAAGUAUCGAAAAGAUAUCGAUAAGUAUUUAUAUAUAAUGAAAAUAUCGAUAUAUAAUGAAAAGUAUCGAAAAGAUAUCGAUAAGUAUCGAAAAGAUAUCGAUAAGUAUCGAAAUUUUAUAGAUAAGUAUCGAAAAGAUAUCGAAAAGUAUCGAAAAGAUAUCGAAAAGUAUCGAAAAGACAUCGAAAAGUAUCGAAAAGAUAUGGAAAAGUAUCGAAAAGAUAUCGAAAAGUGUCUAUAUAUAAUGAAAAAUAUCGAUAAGUAUCGAAAAGAUAUCGAUAAGUAUCGAAAAGAUAUCGAUAAGUAUCGAAAAGAUAUCGAUAAGUAUCGAAAAGAUAUAGAUAAGUUUCGAAAAGAUAUCGAAAAGUAUCGAAAAGACAUCGAAAAGUAUCGAAAAGUUAUCGAAAAGUAUCGAAAAGAUAUCGAAAAGUAUCGAAAAGUUAUCGAAAAGUAUCGAAAAGAUAUCGAAAAGUAUCGAAAAGAUAUCGAAAAGUAUCGAAAAGAUAUCGAAAAGUAUCUAUAUAUAUCGAAAAUAUCGAUAUAUAAGUACCGAAAAGAUAUCGAAAAGUACCGAAAAGAUAUCGAAAAGUACCGAAAAGAUAUCGAAAAGUAUCGAAAAGAUAUCGAAAAGUAUCGAAAAGAUAUCGAAAAGUAUCGAAAAGAUAUCAAAAAGUAUCGAUAUAUCGAUAAUAUCGAAAAGAUAUCGAAAAGAUCGAAAAGUAUCGAGAAGAUAUCGCAAAGUAUCGAUAUAUCGAUAAGUAUCGAUAUAUCGAAAAGUAUCGAUAUAUCGAUAAGUAUCGAUAUAUCCGAUAUAUCGAUAAUAUCGAUAUAUAAUGAAAAGUAUCGAAAAGAUAUCGAAAAGUAUCGAAAAGAUAUCGAAAAGUAUCGAAAAGAUAUCGAAAAGUAUCGAAAAGUAUCGAAAAGAUAUCGAAAAAAUCGAUAUAUCGUAAAGUAUCGAUAUAUCGAAAAGUACCGAUAUAUCGAAAAGUACCGAAAAGAUAUCGAAAAGUAUCGAAAAGAUAUCGAAAAGUACCGAAAAGAUAUCGAAAAGUACCGAAAAGAUAUCCAAAAGUACCGAAAAGAUAUCGAAAAGUACCGAAAAGAUAUCGAAAAGUACCGAAAAGAUAUCGAAAAGUACCAAAAAAUUUUCGAAAAGUAUCGAAAAGAUAUCGAUAAGUAUCGAAAAGAUAUCGAUAAGUAUUUAUAUAUAAUGAAAAUAUCGAUAUAUAAUGAAAAGUAUCGAAAAGAUAUCGAUAAGUAUCGAAAAGAUAUCGAUAAGUAUCGAAAAGAUAUCGAUAAGUAUCGAAAAGAUAUCGAUAAGUAUCGAAAUUUUAUAGAUAAGUAUCGAAAAGAUAUCGAAAAGUAUCGAAAAGAUAUCGAAAAGUAUCGAAAAGACAUCGAAAAGUAUCGAAAAGAUAUCGAAAAGAUAUCGAAAAGUAUCGAAAAGAUAUCGAAAAGUAUCGAAAAGAUAUCGAAAAGUACCGAAAAAAUAUCGAAAAGUAUCGAUAUAUCGAAAAUAUCGAUAUAUAAUGAAAAGUAUCGAAAAGAUAUCGAAAAGUAUCGAAAAGAUAUCAAAAAGUAUCGAAAAGAUAUCGAAAAGUAUCGAAAAGAUAUCGAAAAGUAUCGAUAUAUCGAUAAGUAUCGAUAUAUCGAUAAGUAUCGACAUAUCGAUAAUACCGAUAUAUCGAAAAGUACCGAAAAGAUAUCGAAAAGUAUCGAAAAGAUAUCGAAAAGUAUCGAAAAGAUAUCGAAAAGUAGCGAAAUAAUAUCGAAAAGUAUCGAAAAGAUAUCGAAAAGUAUCGAAAAGAUAUCGAAAAAUAUCGAUAAGUAUCGAAAAGAUAUCGAUAAGUAUCGAAAAGAUAUCGAUAAGUAUCGGAAAGAUAUCGAUAAGUAUCGAAAAGAUAUAGAUAAGUUUCGAAAAGAUAUCGAAAAGUAUCGAAAAGACAUCGAAAAGUAUCGAAAAGUUAUCGAAAAGUAUCGAAAAGAUAUCGAAAAGUAUCGAAAAGAUAUCGAAAAGUAUCGAAAAGAUAUCGAAAAGUAUCGAAAAGAUAUCGAAAAGUAUCGAAAAGAUAUUGAAAAGUAUCGAAAAGAUAUCGAAAAGUAUCUAUAUAUAUCGAAAAUAUCGAUAUAUAAGUACCGAAAAGAUAUCGAAAAGUACCGAAAAGAUAUCGAAAAGUACCGAAAAGAUAUCGAAAAGUAUCGAAAAGAUAUCGAAAAGUAUCGAAAAGUUAUCGAAAAGUAUCGAAAAGAUAUCAAAAAGUAUCGAUAUAUCGAUAAGUAUCGAAAAGAUAUUGAAAAGUAUCGAUAUAUCGAUAAUAUCGAUAUAUCGAUAAGUAUUGAUAUAUCCGAUAUAUCGAUAAGUAUCGAUAUAUCGAAAAGUAUCGAUAAAUCUAUAAGUAUCGAUAAAUCGAUAAGUAUCGAUGUAACGAAAAGUAUCGAUAUAUCGAAAAAUAUCGAAAAGUACCGAAAAGAUAUCCAAAAGUACGGAAAAGGUAUCGAAAAGUACCGAAAAGGUAUCGAAAAGUACCGAAAAUAUAUCGAAAAGUAUCGAAAAGAUAUCGAAAAGUAUCGAAAAAAUAUCGAAAAGUAUCGAAAAGAUAUUGAAAAGUAUCGAAAAGAUAUCGAAAAGUAUCUAUAUAUAAUGAAAAUAUCGAUAUAUAAUGAAAAGUAUCGAAAAGAUAUCGAUAAGUAUCGAAAAGAUAUCGAUAAGUAUCGAAAAGAUAUCGAUAAGUAUCGAAAAGAUAUCGAUAAGUAUCGAAAAGAUAUAGAUAAGUAUCGAAAAGGUAUCGAUAAGUAUCGAAAAGAUAUCGAAAAGUAUCGAAAAGAUAUCGAAAAGUAUCGAAAAGGCAUCGAAAAGUAUCGAAAAGAUAUCGAAAAGAUAUCGAAAAGUAUCGAAAAGAUAUCGAAAAGUAUCGAAAAGAUAUCGAAAAGUAUCUAUAUAUAUCGAAAAAAUCGAUAUAUCGAUAAGUACCGAAAAGAUAUCGAAAAGUACCGAAAAGAUAUCGAAAAGUACCGAAAAGAUAUCAAAAAGUACCGAAAAGAGAUCGAAAAGUACCGAAAAGAUAUCGAAAAGUACCGAAAAGAUUUCGAAAAGUACCGAAAAGAUAUCGAAAAGUACCGAAAAGAUAUCGAAAAGUACCGAAAAUAUAUCGAAAAGUACCGAAAAGAUAUCGAAAAGUACCGAAAAGAUAUCGAAAAGUACCGAAAAGAUAUCGAAAAGUACCGAAAAGAUAUCGAAAAGUACCGAAAAGAUAUCGACAAGUACCGAAAAGAUAUCGAAAAGUACCGAAAAGAUAUCGAAAAGUAUCGAAAAGAUAUCGAAAAGUAUCGUUAA